ACGGCAACACUGUACGUUUUUAUCACAUGAUAAUCGGAAUUCUUCGGAGAUAUUCGGAUUUAUCCUGAGCCCCUGUUCAAUUUUAUAACCAAAAAGUUGUAAACACUUGUACGAGUUUUACAUUUGCCUCGAAUACGAGAAUAUCAUUUGCAAUGUCACAAUGGAGCUACAACCAAUACAGCCACCAUGGUAAUCGUCCUGCACCAAAUCCAAAAGAUGAAGACGACUUUUCUGAACUCCUGGAAGAUGCAUCUAAAGACGAACUGCAAAUGCUGAUUGACAAUGAAGAUAAAAUACUAGAAAUAGUAAUGGACGAUAAAAAGGUUAAAGACAUGAAGAUGGAUAAUGUAAUGCAGCAAGCAUCAAACAGGAGUAUUGCAGAUGAUAAUAUCAGUAAAGAACCUCAUCUUACCCAGCUGAGAGAUGCUUUGGCAGAAAAAUAUGAGACAUUGAAACAACUGAAUGAUACUUUCUUACUAAACCAAGCAAAAUUAGAAUCACUUCAAAAAGACACAAACCUGGAAACAACUCUUGCUGUCCUUCAAACAACAUGUGCACAAACUGAGGAAGAAUCAGAGGAACUGGCAGAAGCAUUUUUCGCUGGAAAUCUUUCAAUCGGAGAAUUCCUUACUCAGUUUAAAGCUAAACGAAUGUUGGCACACAACCGACACAUUAAAACUGAUAAAAUGAAAGAAUUAGUCUUGGAAGUACAAAGACAAACCUCCACGCCAGCAGUGCCACCGAGGAACCAGCCAACCAACCAAACUCCAGCUUAUCCCGGCUCUUCAAGGAGUGCCUCCCACCACACCCCAUAUUCUAGUGGGUAUGGAGUACCACAACAGGGGAAGUAUCCGGGAACCAGUUUCAACCAACCAACAGGACAACAGUACCCAGGAUUUAAUUGGAAGUGAAAUAAAGAUUUUAGAAAUAUGGAAUCUUUCUCUUGAGUAAUAGUUCCAGUUCCCACUGAAUUGGUUGAAUUAUUGAGAGAAAAUUAUUAAGAUGUCAACAAAAGUGAAAACCAAACAAUUCAAACUCUUAACGCUGGUGAUGAAAUAUGUUAUUUCAAAAAUUCCAAAGAAAUAUUUCAACUCGUUACAUGAAAGAUCAUAGCAACUUGUUGUUGUAGAAUUCUGGUAGAAAAAAAUAGGAAAAUUAACAUUUUGUCUGCCUUUUAUAUGUAACAAUGGAAUUUAGUGAUGUUAUAGUAAGGUUUACGACAGCACAAUUAAGCUUCUCUAUUCUUAUUUCUUGUCUUUAUGUGCUCUUGAAUUAUAUUUGUUAUUGUACUACACUUACUAUGACCACCAUACACUUCCAUUAAAAAUCAUUUCCUUGCUUGCUUUGCUGUUUGGAUAAGGUGGCUUAGAGUUUAAACAGGUCCAUAAUUAAAAUGUAACAAGAUAGUUUUAAAAUUUACUGUUACAAUUUUGCAAAAGUAAAACCACACACAAGUUUGUGUGCUGGAUAAAAAUGCUGCGGUGUUAGCACACUACGUACUCACUGCCUACCAUACAUGUAACAUCUCAAAGAAAUAAAGGAACAAAACAAUUCGGGAAUAAAAUGAAAAACAA